AGGAGGUAGCGGAUUCAAUUUAAGAUUAUAUUCUAAAGAAAUUGUAUUAGGAUUAGGAGCUGCUCAUGGCAUACUCGAGGAAGAAAUAGUAACCAAAGAAUUUUUUGAAAUAGAGGAAACUUUAAUAAAAGCUCUUGAAAUUUCGCUGAAGGAAAUACUAAAUAAAUUAUUAGAAUAUAAUUUACAUUUAUCAUCUGAUAAUUAUAACAAUAACAACAUUCCAAACGAAUCAACAUUAGCAUCAUCUGAUAAUUAUAACAAUAACGACAUUCCAAACAAAUCAACGUUAGCAUCUAAUAAUCAUAACAUUAUAAAUAAUAACGAUAUUACUCUAAAUGAAUCAAAAUUAUCAUCAUCUGAUAAUUAUAACAAUAACGACAUUCCAAACGAAUCAACAUUAGCAUCAUCUGAUAAUUAUAACAAUAACAACAUUCCAAAUGAAUCAACGUUAGCAUCUAAUAAUCAUGACAUUAUAAAUAAUAACGAUAUUACUCUAAAUGAACCAACAUUAUCAUCAUCUGAUAAUUAUAACAAUAACGACAUUCCAAAUGUAUCAACAUUAUCAUCAUCUGAUAAUUAUAACAAUAACGACAUUCCAAACAAAUCAACGUUAGCAUCAUCUGAUAAUUAUAACAAUAACAACAUUCCAAACGAAUCAACGUUAGCAUCUAAUAAUCAUGACAUUAUAAAUAAUAACGAUAUUACUCUAAAUGAAUCAACAUUAUCAUCAUCUGAUAAUUAUAACAAUAACGACAUUCCAAAUGUAUCAACAUUAUCAUCAUCUGAUAAUUAUAACAAUAACGACAUUCCAAACAAAUCAACGUUAGCAUCAUCUGAUAAUUAUAACAAUAACAACAUUCCAAACGAAUCAACGUUAGCAUCUAAUAAUCAUGACAUUAUAAAUAAUAACGAUAUUACUCCAAAUGUAUCAACAUUAUUAUUUGAUAAUCAUAACAGAAGGUAUAAUCUCCGAAUAAGAAAACAAAUGGAUUACAAUGUUGGACCGCCAUAUAAGAAACACCGCCGCCGAGACUCACCAUCAUCAUCACCAUCACUACAAUCAUCAUCACCAUCACUACAAUCAUCAUCGCAACCAUCACCACAACCAUCACUACAACAAUUUAAUGGUGAAGAGGUAGAGUGCACAAAUUUGUGCCCAAGACAUUGUUUGUCAACUUAUUCCUUGAAUUAUUGA